AAUGCAGGCCUCGAAAGAUCGCUCGAGUACUUCGUGCACUGAGUGCCAACGUCGGAAACAAAAGUGCUCCCGCGAAUGGCCUUGCAAUCAUUGCCUGGCCAGGAAAGUGCCACAUUUGUGCCAUUUUGGAAAUAAGAAGACGAAACCGGCCCAGUCUUCAGAUUCGUCGGCUCGUGAGACCGCUGCUGAUAUCAGAGGUUCUAAAAGAGACUUCUCAGAUGCCAUAGACGAUUCUGGGCUCCACGACGACGCGGUUCCUGGUGAUUAUGGUCAUGGUCUGAAGAUGUGGGGAUACAUGCCCGGUCAUGUUCAUUACAACUUAGGACAACCUGCGGACGAUGAUGAGUACGCAUCUAAUGAAAUCUUCACUGAAGCUACCAACCAAGUCGGAAAGGCACUAGCAGCCAUGCCGCCUCGCUCAAUCACAGAUGCCAUUGUGAAUCACUUCCUCACAUCGGUCAAUCAUCGCUACAAUUCGAUAUAUGCCCCGACCUUUACUCAACAAUAUGUGCACUGGUGGGCGGAUCGCACUAACGCCAGAAAUCUUUCGCCACAUUUCACGUGUCUGCUACUCAGAAUUCUUAGCUACACCACGCAAUAUCUCACCUCUUCACUCCGGGGAAUGAUUGAGUUCGAGUUGGCAUGCAGUUGUCAAAGCUUGACUGAACGUUUUUCAACCAUUGCCGACCAAUUAAGCAAAAACUUCCCACCAUCAUGUCCCACUCUUGAGAGAGUGCAAGAGCAGUUCUUGAAAUGUGCAUGGCUUAAAUCAGAAGGGAACAUUGUCGAAGCAUGGCAUGCGCUUAGUUAUACUAUCCGGCAGGCACAAGAACUUGGCCUGGACAAAGAUUCUGGCAUUGACGAUUUGUCGGAGUACGACAUUGAAAUGCGAAGGCGGAUGUGGGCACUUUUAUUUGUUUGGGACUGGCAGAUGUCCUCGUGGCUCAACCGACCCCGCCUGAUCAACCAGAAGGAUCUUUCCUUCACGCUUCCUAAUCUUCGUCUCGACCAGUCUAGCACCGAACUCAAUUUGGUAUCGCCUUUCUGCCACGUUGCAUUGGAAGCCAGUCUCGCUCGAAGACUCGCACAUAUACAGGUGGAUGUUCGGACCUCAAACGACUAUACGACUGACCAAAUCACUACCGCCCUCGCUGAAAUCGACGCUUUCAUCGAUGAGCUUCCGCCAGUCUUCCGCGUCGAUUCUACGGACAAAUCUUUUGAUCAAGACCACCCUUACCUCGUCUUUCAACGAUUCCAACUCCAUGCUGUUAUCUACAUGUCUUCGCUCAUGUUUGUUAAGCCGUAUCUGGCACGUGACCAACGCCAACCUUCCACUGAUCAUGACGCACACUACCUCAAGACAGGCAUCACAAUUGCUUUGACUCUUCUGAAAAUCGGACAUCAAAUGUUUGAACAUGCAUUCCCUAUCAACGCAAAAUCCCAUAUGGUCAUCUUCUGCAUCUUCGACCCUUCGACGAUCCUCUGCUCGGCCAUCAUACACGAUCGCGACCAUACCCUCCCAAGGCGCGAAGAAGCUAUGGAAAUGAUCGACCACUCCAUCACUGCACUGCGAAAACUUUCUCGCGCCACCAAAAUCGGUGCAGCGUCACAUCGUUUCCUCUUGGACCUCGUGCAAGCUUCACCAGCACUGUCGCGUGACAGUUCGCAUGGUAGCACGAAGCGGCAUCGCGGAGUCGAUUCCUCAAAAUCGGAUCUCAAAUCGCACGGCCAGUCUCACUCUGUAUCCACAAGCUUGACGCAAACCCCCGCAUCUAUCGAUCCCACUACCACAUCCACACCGAACGACGAUGGUAACCCAUCUCAACUUGUAGCACCGUCCUUCCCACCCAUAGCGCCUGAAGCACCAAUAGACACUGACAUUCCCUUCGAUCUCAAUAGCUUCAUACCCCCAGAUCCCUACUUUACCGCUGCCACAACCACUGCGCCUUUGCCUCCUUUCUUUCCACACGCAUCGCAGCCCCUUGAGAUGGGGGGCUUGGAACAAAUAUGGGAUUGGGAAGGAUUGAAUUUGGAUUUUGAAAGUCUUGGACAAGGAGCCAAUGUCUUUGGCGAUAGUGGCAUUGAGGGCGCCGAUGGCGACAAGGGGGGCCUUGGAGAUGUAUCUCAGGCUUGA